AGGCCCUGGCCUCCCGCCCGUAGGCCCACGCCCGCCGCCCGCCCCCGGCCUGUCCAAGAUGGAGGGCGCUCCGAGGGCGCCCCUCGCUCUCCGGCUUUUCGUCUUCGCGGCCUUGCCAGCCACCGGGUGGCUGACGACCGGCACCCUGGAGCCGCCGCUCCUGCCGCCAGCCCCGAAGGACAGCAUCAGAAUUAAUGUAACCACCCUGGAGGAUGGGAAGGUGUCUAAAGAACAGGUUGUUCUUAACAUAACCUAUGAGAGUGGACAGGUAUAUGUAAAUGACUUCCCUGUAAAUAGUGGUGUAACCCGAAUAAGCUGUCAGACUUUGAUAGUAACUGCUUUUUGGCUGGACAUGGAGGAGGAUGGUGGAUGGUUUUGUGUGAAGAAUGAAAAUCUGGGAAACUUGAAGGAAAAAGAAUAUUUUGGAAUUGUCAGUGUAAGGAUUUUAGUUCAUGAGUGGCCUAUGACAUCUGGUUCCAGUUUACAACUGAUUGUCAUUCAAGAAGAGGUAGUAGAGAUAGAUGGGAAACAGGCUCAACAAAAGGAUGUUACUGAAAUUGAUAUUUUAGUUAAGAAUCAGGGAAUAGUCAGACGUUCAAACUACACCCUGCCUUUAGAAGAAAGCAUGCUCUACUCGAUUUCCCGAGACAGUGACAUUCUAUUCACCCUUCCCAACCUCUCCAAAAAAGGAGACAGUGUUAGUUCAUUGCAGACCACCAGCCAGUAUCUUAUCAGGAAUGUGGAAACCACUGUAAAUGAAGCUCUCCCUGGCAAAUUACCUGAAACUCCUCUCAGAGCUGAGCCUCCAUCUUCAUAUAAGGUGAUGUGUCAGUGGAUGGAAAAGUUCAGAAAAGAUCUGUGCAGGUUCUGGAGCAGUAUUUUCCCAAUAUUCUUUAUGUUUUUGAAUGUCAUGGUGGUUGGAAUUAUAGGAGCAAUUAUAGUAAUAGCCAUCUUAAAGGUGCUUUUCCCAGUUUGUGAAUACAAAGGAAUUCUUCAGUUGGAUAAAGUGAAUGUUAUCCCUGUGACAGCUGUCAGCUUAUAUCCAGAUGGACCUGAGAAAACAGCAGAAAACCCUGGAGAUAAAACAUGUGUUUAGAACACCAUCUCAAAUCAUGGACUCUGAGUUAGCUUAAUGGUUCAAAUUUGCCACUCAAAAUAUAAUUUUCUUUAAGCCAUUAAGAAUCAGUUUGUACACUAGAGAAAUUGCUAAACUCCUAAAGCUGUCUAAAACUUGAUCUUUAAAGUGACAGUUAAAGUUCACCUUAUUCUAUAAUAGGGCUGCCUGUUCUGGUGGUGAAUUAUUAAAGAAAAUUUAAAUGCAAUGGAAGAGAAGACAUGUGAAGAAACUGAAACUACCAAAAGAAAAAAAAAGGGCAAGACAAAAUGCCAUGUGCCAAUCCUUUUCAAGGUGCCUUUAAGGAAAUUAUAUACAUUUAAUUACUAUAAUAUAUAAGACUUUAUGAAAAGCACUUUAUGAAAUUCUAAUUUAAAAGCUCAAGAACUUAACACUUAUUUUUUUAUUCAGUAAAAUGUGCCUUAAUAUUAAGUAUGUGACUCAGUAUAAAAAUCACUGAAGUGUGUAUCAUGAUUUGAUUGUAUCCUGUACCAAGACUACUUACCUUGGAUGAACCAGGAUUUUAAAAUAGUGACAUGUUCUCACUCUAAAAAUAAACUUUUUUUUUUUUUGAAGAUAAAA